AUGAAAAAUCUAAACAAUAUCUUACUUUUGAUCCGUUCUUAUUGGAAAGAUCACUUGCCAUCUAAGGUGUUAGAUGAUGAAAAUCAGUAUCUUAGUAAGACUGAAGAUGAAAUCUUUCAUUUGAGGUUAUGUAACCUAAUACACGUUGUUCAUACCAGGCUGAAUGAGGAUUAUGAUUGUUAUAAAUUAACAUCAGGAGAAAUAUACGAAAUUCUAGAUUUAGUCUACAAUAAGAAAUACGUUAUUGAUAACAUGAAAUUAGUUGAAAAAAUGUCCGAAGAGGGAAAGAAUGAUUUUUGUGAACUUGAAGGUGAAGUGUAUAGACUGCCAUCUAUUAAUAAUCAAAUUAUUAGACGAUUUCCCGUUGAUUUGAUUGUCCAAUCAUUACCAAAUGUCUCUUAUUUUUCAAAAGAUCUAGUAUCUCCCGAUAUUAGAUAUAUAGAUAAAGGAACAAACUUCAUCAAGUCCUCAUUUUCGGACACAGUUGUUAUAACAGCAUUCAUUUUAGUUUUCAUAAAAUCUAUAACAGAAGAGCUUACCUUUUUUAGGAAAUCAUGCUAUUUGAAAUAUCAAACAGAUGAUGAAUUUAUUUCAUUUAAUGAGACACUUGACAAGUGGGGAGGAUUAAAUAAUUUCAUUGUUAUUAGUCUUCAUAAGACUAUUUAUAGUUAUUCCAAAUCUAGAGUAUUAGAAAAAGUAGCACCUCUUGUGAACUCAGAUCAUUACUUGAUGAGUAUACUAAAUAGUUUAAUUUAUAAUCAAAUAUUAGAUGAAGAGGGUAAGGAUUAUUCAUAUCCUAUAGGAUCUCCUUUGAUCCCUAUAUUGGAUAAUGUUUUAUCAAACAUCUUUUUAGAUGAUCUAGAUCAAAAAAUAGAGGAUCAAUUCCCUCAUAUUCAAUAUGCUCGAUAUCAACAUAUCAUGGUAUUGAGUAAGCCAACUACUGAUAAAGAAGUAUUUGAUAAUACUUUGAAUCAAAUAUUCUUAGAUAUCCAAAUAUCACCAUAUUAUAUAUCUAAUAUAGAUAUUAACCAAAUAUUACCAUAUUUUAUGGAAGAACAAAAUUGUGUAAGUAAAUAA